UGCGGGAUCGAGAGCGCGGCGCUUUGGCUCCGCCCCAUAGCAUGCUGGCGUGAUUGGAGUGGCUUGCCUUGCCCAGGUCCUGUUCGCUUCUGUUUGCGGCGGGGAGAGCACCAUGCCUAUUUCUCGGUACCCUGAGGUCCGUGGGGUCUUAGAAGAGGCCCGCGGGACCUUCCAGAAGGAGUUCGAAUCUGAACCCACCCUGGCGGUGUCUGCCCCAGGCCGUGUCAACCUGAUCGGGGAGCACACGGACUACAACGAUGGCCUGGUGCUGCCCAUGGCUCUGGAGCUGGUGACAGUGAUGGUAGGAACUCCACGGACGGAUGGGCUCAUCUGUUGUGUGACAACCUCCGAUAAUGCUGAUGAGCCAAAGCGGGUGGAGUUCCCAGUACCCACUGCAGAGAAGCCUCUGGAGCCCGGGGAGCCUCGUUGGGCCAACUAUGUGAAGGGGGUGAUACAGCAUUACCUAGCAACUGGUCCUCUCCCUGGCUUCAACGCAGUGGUGGCCAGCUCAGUGCCUCUGGGGGGUGGGCUGUCUAGUUCUGCAUCUCUGGAAGUGGCCACUUAUACCUUCUUGCAACAACUUCGCCCAGACUCUAGGACAGCAACCGAGCGUGCCCAGGUGUGCCAGAAGGCAGAGCACACCUUUGCAGGGGUGCCCUGUGGCAUCAUGGACCAGAUCAUCACACUGUGCGGGCAGAAGGGCAACGCACUGCUCAUUGAUUGCAGGUCCCUGGAGACGAGUCCUGUGCCUCUGUCAGACCCAGGGAUUGUGUUUCUCAUUGCCAACUCCAAUGUCCGUCAUUCCCUCGCUUCUUCCGAGUACCCUGUCCGGCGCAGUCAGUGCGAAUCGGCUGCCAAGGCACUGGGCAAGAAGAGUUUGCGAGAAGUAGACAUGGAGUAUCUUGAGGCUAAGAAGACGACAUUGACCAAGGAGCAAUAUCGGCGGGCCCGGCACGUCGUGAGUGAGAUUCAGCGCACCUCGGAAGCUGCUGUUGCUUUGAGCGCAAGUAACUACCAAGAUUUUGGCCAACUCAUGGUGGAAAGCCAUAACUCACUCAGGGAUGACUUUGAGGUGAGCUGCCCUGAACUGGACCAAUUGGUGAUGCUGGCCCUCUCGGUACCUGGGGUGUAUGGCAGUCGAAUGACCGGAGGCGGCUUUGGUGGAUGUACAAUCACCCUCCUGGAUGCUGAGGCAGUUUCCAGAACCGUGCAGCAUAUCCAGGAACACUACAAAGGGACUGUUACCUUUUACGUCUCAAAAGCAGGUAAUGGAGCUAAAGUGCAGCCUCUGUGAAGAGUUCGACACCUCAGAUCCAGGAUGACCUUUCCCUGGGUGGGUGAAUUAGGGCAGAAGCCAUCUGUGUAUGAACCAUUAAAUUGCAAAUAAAUGUCUACAA